ACGGUGUGUCAUAAUAGUUGUGUUAAGCAUCUAAAGAAUAUAGUGACGAUUGACAGUGAAAGAAUUAUUUGCUGCGAAGUUUCUCAACAACAAUCGGAUAUGGAAGAAGAAGACAACGCAUUUUUUGAUGCAUUGGGAAGCCUGUCUGAUGCCGGUAAAAUAGACGUAGCUAUAUUUAAUUAUGUGAUAAAAUUAAAAGAUCGAAUAAUAAAGGAACUGCAAGAAAAAAAUUCCUUACUAAAUAACCAAAUUGAACUGAUGAAUCGGACUGACAUGAUAAAAACUUUGUCCCCAGUUACGCAAAAAAUGGACAAAGAAGAAAAGCAUGUGAAAGUAAAAACUAACCACAGUGGUAAAAAUGUAAAUAAACCUGGCAUAAAACAAACAGCUGAUGGGCAGAAUGAUUCAAGUGGAACUAUUACAAAAAAUGCAGUAUCUCUGGGAUUAAUGCAGACUGAGUCUGAAAUUAAAUUGAAUAAAUAUAUAGAUAUAAAUAAUGAUCUGCAAAAACCAUCAACCAGCAAAUUAAAUGAGUGGCAAAAGGUGGGGAAGAAAAAAGCAAAUAAGAAACAAAUGAUAGUCGGAAGUAAUAAAAAUAAUAAAUUAAUACAGGGUGUACCAAAGGAGACAGUCUUACACGUCUAUCGACUAAAUAAAGUCACCACAGUGGAUUCAUUGAAGGAACAUGUGAAACAACAUUUUCCAGAGGUGACAGUUGAAUCACUUGCGUCGAAACAUCCUCAUUUAUAUGCAUCUUUCAAGGUAACAGUUUUAGAAGAGCAUUUCAGCAAAGCAAUGGAUCCUGAGUUGUGGCCACAUGGAGCUUGUGUUAGCCGUUUUUUAUUUCUGAGGACGAAAGAAAGUCCGCAGGGAUAGGACCCGGGGUGCGAGAUACAUUUAUGACUUCACUCUCCGAGGACGUGGAAAUACUGAAACCUGGCUUGACUCAGCAGAGGUGGAGUGCCUUUCCCUGGAUAGAUAUAACGUUGUCACUUCAUUUGACAGAAAGGUUUGUAAAGGUGGUGGAACAGCAAUUCUAGCUAGAGAGGGUUUAAAUUGUACAUCACAGCCGGCUAUGAGCGAAAUGUCAGUAGAAACAGUAAUAGAGAUCUCAGCUGCUAUUGUUAACUCUUUGAAUAUGUAUAUAAUAAAUAUUUAUCGACCACCAGGUAAUAAUUUUGAAAUAUUUCUAGAUAAAUUAGAAAGAUUAAUAUUGAGUGUGAAUGGCGGGAAAAAAAUAUUAAUUGUGGGCGAUUUUAACGUACCUUUUGAUAUUUACUCAGACUGUGAAUCGGGAUAUUCUGCCCGUUUGUGCGAUCUGUUCCGUACAUUUGGCUUAUACAAAAAAGUUUAUGAAAACACAAGGAAAGAUAGGUGCAUCGAUAAUGUAUUCAUUAAUUUCACAACUGAAAGUAAAUUUUCUGUAGUGGACUGUAAUUUAUCGGAUCAUAAAGGUAUUAUUAUUAACUUAGUUCUUUGUGAAUCAAACAUUAUGGAGAAACCUGCAACAAAAGUAUGUAGACCUAUUACUAAGGGGGGUAAGAUUAAAUUUUACAACUUAGUUGAAAAUAUUGAUUGGACAUUCGUUAACAAUGUUGAUCUAGAUAUCAAUGUCAAAUUUCAAAUUUUUUUAAAUAAAAUAGUAGAAUGUAAUAAUUCAGCUUUU